GAAAUCUUUUGCUGCACGUAAAAUUCAGGGGGGAGCGAGAUAAUUACAAGGCUAUUCCAAAAUGGCGCAUAAUAUUGCAGCAAGAAGAGUCUGUAUUCUUAGAAAUUCUUUGGUUUUUCUCCGUCCACAAGUCAGAGCAAUGACCAGUGAAUACGGCAGUGGAGAAGGAAAGGUCUGUAGUGUAAACACAGUACAAAAAAUGCCGUUGAACUUCUGUACAGAACAUUUUUUUGAGCUAAAUUUGCCCGGUGAUUUUGCAAUUUUGCUUGCAUAUAUUUAUACUCUGUAUUAAAUAAGACUCGGGGUCCAAAAGAUGCUAUAAAAUACCGAAGCAUACAGUUAAAUGCAACCGAAAACACGCAUCAAAUGAUUGCAUGAUUCGGGAACAGUAUUAAUAAACUACACACAGUAAAGCUCGCACUCGCAGUAUAAAAGUAUCCAAAUAUCCAAUAUUUAAGACCAUAUCUGUAAAAUAAUCUUGUUUUCUUUCUUUUUACUAUUAGGGCGGUGGUGCUGGCGGUUCUGUAAGGUUUGUUGUGUUUAUUUGUUGAAUAAACUGUUGGAUUUUGCCAAAAUGUUACUCUGAUAAUCUGACUGAAUAUUAAUGUUCUCCCCGACAUUCAUUUGUGACUAUGUGUUUUGUCUAGGUCUGCUGGUGGUGCGUUUGGUAAAAUGGAAGCAGCGAGGGAGGAAGAAUAUUUCCGUAAAUUGGUAAGGUUAUCAGUCCUGAUCAGAAACUCCCCCCACCCAUCCCCCUCCACACCCACCCGACACACACCAAUGGACACCCCACCUGUGAGACAACAGACUAACCCUAGGCACUUGUAUUUUGUAGCAACAAGAACAGUUACAAGCGUUGCGCGACCAUCACAGAGAGUCUGUCAAAAGUCAUGAAGACGAAAUACAGAUGCAUCAAGAAAGCAUCAAGAAACACGAAGAUGCAAUUAAACGUUCAAAGAAGAUGAAAAAUAAAAUCAUCGAAACUAUGCGAGAAGUUGAAGACAAGAAAGAUUAAUUAGUAGACGUUUUUGUUGGGUUGAAAUAUUGCUUGAAUGCCAAGAGAUGUGUCGAGGAUUGAACUGACUUUGUCAGCGUUGUUUAUGAACUAUAUUUUGCUCUACCAUUUGUCUGUAAAUCUUUGACAAUAAAGCAUCUUCAUUAAACAGAGAUUGAUUUCAGCUAAUGUUAAGUUUGUACAUGGCCCACAGAAAUUAGGUUUUGACACAGUUCUGGGAUAAUGAAUCUUUUUCAGGUAGUUCAGACACAAACCACGGCAGCCUAUUGUGGAAUAUCACCUACACAGCUGGACUAGCUCAUGUUGCAGAAUUGUACACUGAGACUAUACUUUAUAGUUUCAUGCAGUCGUUUUAAGACUAAUUUCCUCAUUGGUGUCACAAUUUACUGUUAUAAGCCACAGUAACUUUUGACGCAGGGGGUCUUUUGAGAAACGUUGAAAUAUAAUUGCUUGCUUCAAUGACUUGCUCCAAGUUGACAUCCUAGAAUAAAAGAACAAGCUUAACCCAUUGAGUUGUAUUGUGCCCCAAUGUGCCCUACUUC